AUGGAGACGCACUUGUCUCAACAACCAGAUCAACCCAGCUCAUCGCAGCGACAAUACACAACUGUUGGUUCGGUCUGGAACCCACAAUCAAUGCCGCUACAGCCUCCUGCACGUCGCGGUCGAGCCCUUCGAUCUGCCAUGCCUAUGUCUAUGCUCGAACCUUACCAAGACGACUCCUUUAAUAACUUUGGUACUGCACAGUCGUAUUCUCACUCGCAAUAUUAUUCACCUUUGCAGCAGAAUUUCGAUCGCGCUGUCAGUCCCGCCCAGACUACUCGUGUACUAACUCAUGAUAACCAUAUGCACACUGAUUAUCCCCACCACCUCAACAAUCUUGUUGACCCGGGUAGCCCUGCUCCCAAGCGAAUCUCCGAGUUCAAGAGGCAGUAUUCCUCUACUCCCUCUGUCGACAUGUCUCAGAAGAUUGUCCCAGCUAUUCCACUCCUAGCCGGAACCGCUACUGCUACCCCCCACAAACAGGGCGAAGCAAGCAACUACCACGGCAAUGGAGGAAAUAAUUACGAGCACGAAGACAUCGAGGAAGAAGAGGACAUGAAUGUAACCCUCAAUAAUAUGUCGACUAAGACACUCACCAAUUUGGCAUCCUACCCCAACCCCAUGCAGAAAGCUGCACAGAAAGUUCUCACCAAGGCUAGGCAGGCUCCUCCGGUGCCGCAUCAUCAACUCUCGGAUUCCAUCUCGCAGAAUGGUAGCGGUUUGAAUAUUCCACCCGGUUUCGGCCCUAGAAAUAUCCGGUCUGACCCAAUUGGAGUCGAGAGCCUACUUCAGUCCGAUAGAUUCGACGGGCGUAACCAUAAUCAGAAUCCAGCUCCUCUUCAUCGAAGCGCUACGACAACUACUACCCGAGAGCAUGAUUAUUACCCGGCUGUCUUGUCCAAGGGACCAGGUGCUCCGCAGCCCCUAACUGCAGGCCCUCCUGGACAACGUCACUUCCAGCCCUCGGCCUUCGACGGAGCCUCGAGUUCGCUGCGGAAAGGGUUUGAGAAGGCUCACGAGUUCGACACCUUCGGUGAAGGUAUUCCUCGCCAUCAGCCUUUCUCAUCCUUCCAGUCCCAGCAACCUAUGCAACCUACACCUCGACAGCCCACCCCUUCAUACAAGAGUGAGACUUUCUCCUCUAUUCACCCCCCUGGAUUAUUUCCAAACAAAGAGGGCAAUGCUAGCCUCAAGAUGGUUGACACGCUCACCUAUGAGAAAGCCAAGACAUUCUUUCCAAAGGGGCUUCCCCCGGACUUCAACUUUCACACCCAGCCAAUGGCCGACGAUUGGGCAGAGAAACAUAUGAAGGAGGAAGAAGGGAAGGAGAAGCAUAAUAAAGGCAAACUAUUGUGGCAGCAAACGCCCGAAUUCCAAGCGGCUCACAAGGAUAAACUCGAUCGAGACUUUUACAACGGGAACUACAUGAUCAAUAAGAACUUGAGAGUAGCGAUUCAUGAGAAGUACACUCGUGAUAUAACACGUUCCCUUGGUUCUAACUCACAGGAAUACCAAAAUUCCCUAAAGUUUAAUAAGCCCGAGAAUGGGGUUGAGAGUCGUUACAUCUCGGUUGAGGACGCUAACUCGAUCCCCACGCAUGGGCACGCUGAGCCGCUCCUAAGCGUGCUGUACCAGUCUCUAGAAAGAAAUAAGGGGCUUCCCUCGCAGCAAAACCCCCCCAACAAUAGUAGACUGCGUUAG